UGGGUGUGAAUGUAUGGGUGCGGACGUGGAUCUUCGAUUCUCUUCCAGUCCACUUCAUACCCACAUCCACACCGCACAUCUAGGCUCAAACAAAGACUCGGAUCCACACUCACACUCUAGGGUGUGAGUGUGGGUGGGUGUGUAACUUAUAUAGAGAAGAUGGGGACCCACACUCACAACCAUACCCACACCCACACCUACUCACACAAUGAAGUGUACUGAUUCUUUUCUAUGAAAACUAUGGUGAGCCCUGAUCAAUUGUCAAGCGAUUUAUUCUCUUGUUGAUCUAACGGUCGAUUGAAUUCUUCACACUUUUUUUCCUAAACAUUUCGAUGGGCAUAUUGAUAUGUUUCUCUAUUGAGCGGAUUUAUCAAAAUUCAUUGGAAUUUAUUUUCACAGAAGUUUUAUAAAAAAAGAAAACGUUUCAAAGAAAUCUACAGCGACAAAGGUCUUUUCUUCCAUGCGAAUAUGAUUCUUAUCAAAUAAUGGAAAUUCACUAACGAUUUCUAAGAUGUUCAAAGAAGAUCAAAUUUUUCUGAAAAAUUCACGAUUUUAGUUUGAAACCUUUGCUAAAGAUGAGGAACAGUCUUCAAAAUCAGAAUAUUAUCUUAAAUAAAACUCAUUUCAAUCGAGAUUAUAGUGAAUGGGUGUGAGGUAUAGAUGAAGAGAAUACCUUCAACCAUAUCACUCACUCCACUCGCAUUCAUCUACACCCUCCUAGGAUCAUCUCACUUCUUCUGUGCAAUGCAACUUAUUUCGAUUCCAACUUAACUUGAUCAGAAUAAAAAUUUGAAAGCAAUUCAAUGUUUGCCAUUUUCUUUUUGGGCGACCUUUUUAUUAUUUCGCUAUAAGGAAAGAUAGUGGUAUAUUUGAUCAAUUUCAAAUACGCUCGUCCUUUCUUUUCUUGACAUCGAUGCCCUAUAUAGAGACGCAUUCUAUGAGAUAAGAAUUGAUUAUGAUGUCAUUUUAUAGCAAACAAGAGAAAUAGUUCUCAGUUUUUUUUAAAUAUAAGGUGGCAUUUAUUGCACCUUUCAUUUGUUAAAUAGCACUUCGCCCACAUAUGUUUGGGUACGAGUGGACACUAUUGUUAGUUAUUGUCUUUCAAAUUUUGCCAAUAGGUGGUGCUCCAAAACAAUUAUCCACAGAUCUUUCUCGUCUUCUCAUCAUUUCUCUCGAUGGUAGUACGAAGAAAAUUAUAUUAUCACUAGUCGAAAUAUCAAGUUUUACUUUUAUUCAAAGGAUUUCGUCAUCAAUAUUUUCAUACACAUGCAUUACCAGCAUUGAAUCAAUUUCGAAAUGAAGGAGUAUUUGCUACAGAAGGAAUGCAAGCUACAUUCUCUACUAUGACUUAUCCCAAUCAUAUUUCCAUUGUAACAGGCAGUCGUGAUGAAGGUCAAUGGUCGGACCCGAAGGUUGAACCGAUUUGGAUCACAGCAACGAAACAGGGUAUGUCGAAUGUCAAACAGAUCAUUCGACCAUUUUUUGAAAAAUAUAUUGAUCCAUCCAUGGUCGAAGAAAAUAUUAUUGUUGGUGGUCAAUUUAGUGUUAUUCCACGUGAAGGACAAACUCAACAAGUGAUCGAUGGUCUACGUCGAAUUCCCAAUGUAACAGUAUAUAAACGUAAUGAACUGCCACAACGCUUUCACUAUUCAAAACCAGAUCAUCGACUUGGUGAAGUUUUUGUAAUACCAAACGAAGGUGUCAUAUUUUUGAAUGUAAGUGUAGAAAAAUACUAA